ACAAUCUUAUAUCUGUAGCAUUGAACGGUAUAUAUAUAUAUAUAUAUAUACAAUGAUACAAUAUAUACAAUAUAUAUAUAUAUAUAUAAUGAUGUUCAGUUCAUCAAUGAUUGAGCAUAUCUAAAUUUUAUAAAAAUAAUGAUAUGGUGGUUAUUACAACAUAUAUACAGUAUUCAAUUUACAAUUUUUAUACGGUGAUUAUUAAAUAGUGUUUAGUUGAAAAGUAUCAUAUCACAAUUAAUGACGUGGAUUUAGGUUAGGUUAUGCACAACGUUACAACUGUUACAAGAAUUCUUGUCGAAAUAAUAUUAUAAAAAUAAUUUAAGUAUUUAUCAUUAAACACAAAUCAUAAAUAAUGUUCGAAAUAACAGAUACACAAAAAAUCGGAGUGGGACUUGUAGGUUUUGGAAUAUCUUUUCUAUUUCUUGGGGUUUUAUUACUGUUUGAUAAAGGUCUUCUUGCUAUUGGAAACAUUUUGUUUAUAUCUGGAUUAGCAUGUGUUAUUGGACCAAAGAGAACUCUCAGCUUUUUUUUUCAAAAACAUAAAAUAAAAGCCAGUGCUUCAUUUUUAGGAGGCAUCAUUGUAGUACUUAUGGGUUGGCCUAUUAUAGGCAUGAUCAUAGAAACAUAUGGUUUUGUAUUAUUAUUUAGUGGUUUUCUCCCAGUUGCGAUAAAUGUUUUACGAAAAGUACCUGGUUUAAGAAUUAUUUUAAAUUUACCAGGUAUAUCUAAAAUAUUAGAUUCAGUUGCAGGAGAUCCAAAUAGAACAACUGUAUAAUAUGUUUGUUAAUGUAUCACAAAUCAUUGUAUAUAAGAACCAUUAUUUUAUAUUAUAUCCUAAACAUUCUUAUCAUUCCCUUCUGAAAUUUUACAGAUCUCUUUUUGUAUUGUAUAAAUAUCAAAUGUAAACAAUAAAAUUCAAUUAAUGUCAAUUUAUUUAAUUUAGAAAUGUUAUAUAAAUAAUACAUAGAUUUUUCAUUUUCAUAUUACUAUAAAAUUCUAUAUUACUAUUUAAAAAAAAUAUUUAAAAAAAAUAGAAGGAAAAUCAAAAUUUAAAAAAAAAUUUAUAAUCAUUAAUUAUAUUAUAAUUAUAUUAUUUCAAUAGAUUAAAUUUUAAUAUUAAAUGAUAUAAUAAUAAAAAUAAAAAUAAAAUUUUAAUUAUUAAAUGAUAAAUGUAUUUUUUAUUUUGGACUGUUUUUAAUCAAAUAUAUAAAAUAUGUAACAGUAAAAACAUCACUUCAGAAAAAUAUAAUUUUACUUUAUAUAUGAAAUAAAAAUCUAUUUUUUUAUAUUCAAUACUUUUUUAGUAAAUAAAUAAGAAUUCAGAUAAUUAUUUUAUUUUAUAUGUUAAAUAAAUAUAAUACAAAUCAUAUAAUAACAAAUCCAAUCAUAAAAUAAAAUUUAGAAAAUAGAUUUUAGGUAGAAAAAUUGCAAAACAAAUUUUAUUAUUACUUUUAUUGAUUUUGUUAUUUUCUUUGCACGCAUCCUAACAUGAACACAUUGGAUGCAUACACUUACAAGUAACGCUUCUCAUUAUCUUACACGUAUUUGUCUGGAGUGCGAAAUUAAAUUACUGUUCACUGAAACUCGAUGAACUUCAUUGAUAUCGUAAAUAUGAUCAUUUAUUAAUUAUCUACAAUGGGCCGAGAAUAAGGGCGGGGGGCGGCCCAAGUCUACGCGCCCCGCCGUCGCCGUAAUGGUAUUUCGUCGCGCGUCCUUCUCUUGCUCAAUUGUAUACGCUUAUUUUUUUUUUCCUUUUUUGGAUAAUUAAUUUUACUACUUUAUGUCCUGACCAUCUUUUAUGUAGUCACAUGUAUCAAAUAUUUCAUAUAGCCAUUUAUGUUAUUAAUUCCAUAGAUAUAUUUAUAUAAAUAUAUCUUUUUUUAUUUUUUUUUUUUUUUACGAAAAUGAAAUAUGAAAUAUGGCACAUGUGAACCCUUUCAAGAAAAUACUGAAUCCGGCAAUAAAUUAAGCGAAUUCUUUCCUUCUAAAGUCAAAAUAUAUACUCUGCCGAGCUCCAUGCAUUUCAUAAGAAACUACCAAAAGAAUUAUAAUCUAAAGUGUAUUUCAAUUUUCUCGACAGCUUGUAUACUGUUUCAGUCUGGAAACCACUUGAUCUGGCAUUACAUUGGAUGGUAAGGAUAAUAAAGAUGGUAGUUGUAAUUGUAGUUGUGAAGGUAAUGAGGUGAGGAUCGUUAUAAUAUCUUAAAGAAGAUUCUUAAUUUCAUCAUAAAGUACCAAUACGAGUGCACCACCUGUACCACGAAGAAUGUUAGAGAAUGCUCCUUUGAAGAAAGCAUUGCCACCUUCUGUUUUGUAAAUAGUAGCCCAACAGUGAAGAGUGUUUUUGUACAAAAUUUCGGAUUUGGCGCGACCAGAUUGCAUCAUCAUACGCCUACGUACUGUAUCAAAUGGAUAAGAUACAAUACCAGCAACAGUUGUGACAACCUG